AUGGGCGCCAAAACUUUUUACCACGCUUUGUUCCGCAAAAAACACUUUGAUGGUGAGUUCAACCAAUUGGUUUGAAAAUUUGCCAAAAAAAAAACGGGAAGGUAAUUAAUGGCAUCAUUGCUUAAAAGAUAGACAUAAAAAUAAACGUGUUGAAAUUCAGCAAAAAGAAAAGACAUGAAAAUAAGUUAAGAAGAAAAUAAAACUGUUCAAGCAAUUGGUUUGAAAAUUCAGCUUUGACUCACCUACUCCGAUGUAGUAGUUCAUGAGGUAGUUCACUCAGCGUUCGCGUCGAGCCAUUCGGAGUAUCAUACUCCUGUUUUUGGCUUCGGCGUUAAAGCAACUGAAAAAAAGUGUUUGUUGAAAGAAGCGUGAAAAUGGUUUUGAAGCGGUGAACCACUCUCCAUUUCAUUAUCAUUCAUGAAAGAAUUUCGCGUCUUUAGACAUAUCGACAAGAAAAUUCAAUCAGACUAUACCAAAAACUUGGAAAAACUAAUAAAACAAAAACAAUUUAAAAAAUUUUGAAACUUUCAUCUACACCCCUCGUAUGGUUUGAUGUUUUGUACGUAUUGCACGCUUUGCAUUCGAACCCACGCGCGAAAUGUGAUUUUUAGAUUCAUUCUUUAUUAUUUUUGAGAGUUCAAAGUUAAAAUCCACCUUAUUAGGGCACAGGUUCUUGAAAAACAUUCAUGAUUAAUGAGCUUCUGCGGUGUUAUUUCUCAUGUUUCAAUUAGAAAAAUUCACAUUUUCUUCAGAGAAAUUAAGCGUUUAGAAUUCAGAAGACUCGUCGUUGGCUUCAAAGUUGAAAAGAUGUCUGUCAGUAUUCGACAUAAUGUUCAUUGCCAUCGGGCACAUGAUCGGCGCUGGAAUAUAUAUGCUAGCAGGUAAAUCUGGUUUUUUAAACAAAUUUUCGACCAGAAGUUGAGCUUUUUUUAUACAGCUGCAUUCAACUUUUUCCAGGAAAGGUAGCCAAAGAUGAAGCCGGCCCCGGUAUAAUUCUCUCUUUUACUUUUGCUGGGGUAGCAGCGCUUCUUUCGGCUUUCAGCUAUGCUGAAUUUGGAGCAAGGUUAGAUGGAAUUCCGUGAUCCACUAUUUUCUUUCGAUGUUAACGUAUUUCUGAAGAACUAUUGAUCGUAAAUUCAAAAAGUUACAAUGUUGACAUAACGGAUCGUUAAAUGGUGUUUUGAGCUGUUGGGAUUACCGUUUGGGCGGAUUUAAUCGUUCGAAUAGAACUGGUUGUUUGUUUUUUCGCUUUCUCCGAAAAAUAGUGACUGAAAACAAGUGCGACCUAGAAAUCGUUUUUUCAAAAGUUUCUAGUAUAUUGUUCUUUACCACCAAGAUAACUCGUGAUUUUUCAAAAAAAAAAGGCUAGAAAAAGACGUUUCAACUUUUGAAGCCAGAGUUGGAUCAGUUAAACUUCAGCUAUAGUCAUGAAUACAGAUUUUAUCUAACUUUUUCCCGUUUCACAUCGUUCGGAACGAAAACGGAAAAUCGAAAAAAAAAAUGUUUUGAUUAUAAUUUUAUCAGAGUUCAAAAUAAAUGUUUAGAUACCCAAGAGCUGGUAGUGCCUACACGUACACUUACGUCGGCGUCGGCGAGCUCUGGGCCUUCGUGAUUGGCUGGACUGUCCCCCUAGAAUAUAUGAUCGGAAAUGCAGGUGACUUCCGUUUUUAUUUUUCCAUAACCUUUUGCCAGCCGUGGCGCGAGCCUGGUCCUCCUACUUUGACAAAUUGUUUGGCUACCCGGUUAGGAACUUCACACUAAACACCGUCGGACACCUCAGCACGGUUGGCUGCUCUGCCGUGUCUAACUGGGUUCUCAUUUUCAGAACAGCGAGUUCUUCUCCGACUACCCCGAUUUCCUGGCCUUCAUUCUUCUGAUUCUCGUGGCGAUCGCCGUCUCCAUCGGAUCGAAGGCUUCAGCGAACUUGAACACCGGCUUUGUUUGUCUCAAUGUCUUGGUAGGUAGAAAAGAAACUUCGAUUGGUACUACAUUUGGAACUUCAGGUGCUUCUGUUUGUAAUUGUCAGUGGAUUACGGUACGCCGACUUUUCCCUGUGGUCAGGAACUGAUGAGAACGGAAGAUCCAAGUUCUUGCCUUAUGGAGUUUCCGGAGCUCUUGCCGGCGCUUCCAACUGCUUUUUUGCCUACAUCGGGUUCGAAGCCCUCGCCACGGCCGGAGAAGAAGCCAAAAGUAAUUUUUUUUUAAUAAAAAAAGUUUUUUUAAGCUUAUGCUUGGUGGCCAUCAGAAAUGGGAAAGUUUCGCUUUUUUGUUAAAUUUUUCUAUAUUUUAGAACUUGCUCUAGCUGAAAAUGAAGCGAAGGUGGAAAAAUUUCAAAAACAAUAUAAUUCUGCAAUCUUUUUUGAUAUUUUUAGUUCACUUAGAAAAAAAGUCAAUGUUCAGACCCGCGAAGGACAAUUCCAAUCGCGACUUUUUCAUCUUUGGCCAUCAUCACCGUCCUGUACAUUCUGAUGGGCUCCACGCUUACCUUGAUGAUUCCAUAUUACCAGGUGAGAUUGCACAAAGUUAUAAUUAUCUAAAAGGUGAUUGAAGAUUGACGUGGGCGCGGCCUAUGCUUCGGCCUUUGAAAUGAAAGGGGCCAAAGUGGCUGGGACCAUAAUGUCUAUCGGAGCUCUCGCUGGGAUGAUCAACAAUUUGGUUAGAGGGAAUCCCGACGAAGGAUAAUCAUUUUUCGAUUUUCCAGAUCACAGGCUCUUUCGCUCUUCCGCGCGGAGUCUACGCCAUGGCGGACGACGGCUUGAUUUUCUCCUUUUUCGCAAAAAUCAACAGCGUAACGAAGGCGAGUAUCAACAUAUAAUGAACUUUUUAAUCUUAUUCUCAAAUUUAAGACGCCACUGAACGCCACAAUUGUCUUCACCUUUCUGAACGCUCUUCUGGCUCUGGUUUUCGAUUUGGAAGCGCUGGUGGGUCUAUUCCAAUAUAAUUUGAAAUGUUUCGCUUUCCAGGUUGAAUUCUUGUCGAUCGGAACUCUGCUCGCCUACUCGAUGGUCACCGCCUGUGUCCUGAUCCUCCGUUACCAGUCAGCUCCAAUCAACGGAAACGAGCAGCAACAUGAUAAUGGUGAGACCAUUUUUCUGUUGUUGAUCAUGAACUUUCUCAGGGGGAACCCUUCGUUCCUGGGUGCCGUUCCGCAAGUUCUGGGAAGACAAACCAGCGGGGCUUUCGAUCAAAUUCGCAGUGGUCACGCUUAUUUUCGGAUACGUUUGGAUUGCUCUCGCGGUUCGAUUAGGUCUGUCGGACGGAAUUUGGUUUAUAAUAGAGACAUAUCUCGCAGGCCUCCUGAACACUCCCUGGGGCAUCAUAAUGGUUUCAAUCGGAGCGGUCAUCAGCCUGUUGAUGUUCCUAUUUAUACUGGGACAUCAACAGAACACUCUCAGUACCUAUUUCAAGGUUUCAGGAAGUUUGAAAACACAGAAACGGGAAUCUUGUUCAAGGUGCCUUUGGUUCCGUUCAUCCCAUGCAUCGGACUUUUGAUCAACGUCUUCAUGAUGGUCUAUCUGAACUAUCUCACCUGGAUUCGGCUCUUCAUUUGGCUGGCUGUCGGUUAGUUCGAAGACUUUUCGAUUAUUAUAGGAAUGAACAGGGAAGAAUCUAUUUUUAGGAGUUCUAAUCUACUUCGGCUACGGCAUCCGCCACAGCAAAGAGGCUCGUCGCGGCGUCUUUUCCGUAGACAUUCCACAGCCGAGGAACACCAAAGAGUAACUUUCUCCUUUCCUUUCCUUUCCUUCAAAUUUCAGCUUUACUGGUUGUUUUCAUGACUUUUAGCUUCUAGUCCCACUCUAUGGAUCUCGUCUUUCCACUCUAUUUAUUCUUGAAGUUUAGUUUGGUUUUUUUUUGCCUGGACACAAGUUCCACAUCUUAGACAACGUGUAGAAAUAUUUGUUUUUUGAAGGUUGCUAUGAAAGUAACAGCAUGCAUAUCAAUGUGAUAAAAAUGUACAUAAUUUGAUUUAGAUACGCGUUUUUUGGAGACCAAAAACAAAACCAAAAAUAAUGAUAUUUUUAGUUUUUGAAAGGGGUUUUUUUUAUGAAGAAAUUUUGAAUUCGGGAAUAAUCUGUAAACUUUAUGCCAAAAAAAAAAGUCUUUGGAAUUGGAUCGAAUAGGUUUUUAUAAUUGGUUUUUGGUGUUCUUUUUGAAAACGAGUUUUCGAGUGAUCCUGGUUCUAGGAUGGAAAGGCAAUUUCAGCGGUCCGGAGGUUGUAAAAAAAAAGUAUAAUGCGAGAGAAAAGGAGUGCAUGAACCAAAAAUUAAAAAACACUUUUCUAAGUUUCUCAUUUUUUUUCAGGUAUUUUAAUUUCUUUUUCUGAAUUUUUUCUCGAGCCAAGUCCAACAAAACUUGAUACUGAAAAAAAAAACUUCAGUUUGAUAUCUUUUGAAACUAAAAAUGAGACGUUUCUAAAUCUUCAAAGAAAAAUAAUUGAAAGGAAAAAUAAAAGGAGAAAUGUUCGUCAUCUGACUUGAAAGCUUUCUAGCUUGUCUGAACUCUCUCCUCUCCAUUAUUCGGUCAUCAAAAAUAGAAACAGCUCGUAGAAACAGGAGCUCACCAAAGAGAUAGAGAGAGCUCAGAAAAAUAAAAUUCGCGCUGAAUGAAAAAUCAAUAUCACAAAAAUUCUAUCUUAUAUUUUUUUCAAAAUAGAUAACAAAAUUGGUGAAAAGAGUGCGAAAUUUUUGUAAAAAAAGUUUUCAAGUUACUUUUUUUAGCGGCAUCGAAAUAAAAAAACGGAAGAACUCUAGACAAAAAUGGAGAUGUUCCUGUAGUUGUCAAGUAGCGGCGCUCUUUUUUUGGUUCCAGAAUGGCCGGACAAUGAAGGAAAUCGCGUCGAUACAUCGGAAGAUGGGCCGAAUUGGCCCCGGCCAACGGCCAUAUUAGAGGGAAGAAUAUCGUCGCGUUCCUUCUCAGUUUCAAUUUCAAUUCGCGCGCCUCCCUCCGUUCUCCCUUCUUUGUCCUGUUUCCCUGUCUUUUCCAUGGAUUUUCCGCCGUAGAUGGCACUAUCUAA